AAUACCCACCUUUUUCCUUCUUCUAUACAGCACAACACACUUGGUUUUUGAUCUUCAUUAGAAUACAAACACAUAAAAAAAAAAAAGAAAGAAAGAAAAAGAGUACUCUCUCCAACCUCUCUGCUUCUUCUCUACUUCUUCUCCUUUUUAGCUUCUUCGACGUCUCGUAGCUAGCCACGAAGAGAAGUGGAGGAGAAAAGGAGAAGAAAGAUAUGAUUUUUCCCAAGUCCCACCACGCAAAUCCAACCCCAUUGCUUCAAACAAACUCCAGGAAUUAAUCAAAGUUUCAACCUUUGGAUCUCUCUUCAGCAAGGGAAAACUGUUCCUAAUCUCAAAAUCCUUUCUUUUUUUUUUUUUGGAAUUUCCUGUUGGAUUGGUCCGUAGUGGGAAGUGUAUUCCAGGAAUACACCUACAAUGACAGCCGUGUUAAGGUCACCAACCCACAUCCCUUCACCUUCAAGCUCUCCACUUUCUUGCAGCCCCACUGAUGAUGGACGAGGCCUUUUAAGGAGGAGACGUGUUGAGGAUGGAGUAGAGAGGAAGGAGGAGAGGAAGGGGCAGGAGGACCAGCUCUCUUUGUUGACCUUUGUGUUGACAGUGCUGAGGAAGUCGCUGGCCGGGUGUAGGACGGAGGGAGUUGAAGAGGAGCUUCGCUCAAUGGAGAUUGGCUGGCCGACGAACGUGCGACACGUUGCCCAUGUCACCUUCGACCGGUUCCAUGGGUUUCUCGGCCUCCCUGUGGAGUUUGAGCCUGAGGUUCCCCGCAGAGUACCCAGCGCCAGCACGAAUGCCUUUGGUGUUUCAACACAAUCUAUGCAAUGUGCUUAUGAUUCUAGAGGGAACAGUGUCCCAACUAUUCUAUUGCUCAUGCAACAACGCCUCUAUGAACAAGGAGGCCUUCAGGCAGAAGGCAUAUUCAGAAUUAAUGCAGAAAAUAGCCAGGAGGAAUUUGUCAGAGAUCAGCUGAAUAACGGUAUUGUACCUGAUGGAAUUGAUGUGCAUUGUCUUGCUGGUUUAAUCAAGGCCUGGUUUAGGGAGCUUCCAACCGCGGUGCUCGACUGUCUCACACCUGAGCAGGUAGCACAAUGCCAAUCAGAAGAUGAGUGUGCUCAGCUUGUGAAACUUCUUCCACCAUCAGAGGCUGCUCUACUGGAUUGGGCGAUAAAUUUAAUGGCCGAUGUAGUCCAAGAAGAACAACAAAACAAGAUGAAUGCUCGCAAUGUUGCAAUGGUUUUUGCUCCCAACAUGACUCAGAUGGCAGAUCCUUUGACUGCAUUGAUGUAUGCAGUGCAAGUGAUGAAUUUUUUGAAGAUGCUCAUCCUAAAGACACUGAAAGAUCGGCAAGAACCUUUCCUGGAGGACAAUGCUUCAGUUCCUCAUCCAGAUCCAUCUGAUGGAAAUAGUCAUCACAGUCUUUGUCUCCCAAAUCCAAUGGUUUCUCACAAUGUAGAAGACACCGAGCAUGUUUUCGUCGCCAAGGAGCCAGUACUAGACAAUCCAACACAUCUCAACAGACAAAGCUUAGCUGCAGAAGGCUCCAUUGAUAAUUCUCAAACUUCUUCUGAAAACGCUGUAUCUCAAACAACAUCACAAUCUACUGAUGAAUGCUCAUGCGAAGUCUCGGUACCAAUUGAGAAUCCGACUAAGGGAUCGGGACAUCGAAUGAGUUCUCGGAGGAAGAAAGGCCAACCAAGUACUGUAAACAAUAAGAAAGUAACAAGAAAAAUGAAUUCACAGCCUGCUGUUCGAGGAAUGCCGGCCGAAAAAACAUUGGGUAUUAGUGUAGUGAGUAGUAUAAAUUCUAAGGUGAAGCGAAUUGAAGCAUGGAGGUGAAAUGCAGCAUCAGCAAAACAAGCUUAAAUUUGAUCAUGUGCAAUUUGCAUCAAGUGUUUCAGACUUUUCAUUUCUAACUGUAGUGUGUUCAUUCUUUGUUGUGCACUUGUCUCUAACGGUUUGUGUUAUGAGAUUUGCUUGUUUUCAUAAUAUUUGUUCAAUGCUACAACCUUGUGUUUUUUAA